AUUUACUUAGUAUGUUUUCUGUUGAUUGAUUAUUACAUAUAUAUACAUUUGUUAAUAUAGAUAUAUAUAUAUAUAUAUAUUUUAAUAAAUCUUUGGACAUACUGCCACCUGGUGUCCGUUUGCCGUCACGUCCUCCUUAGUAAACCAUAACAGUAAGUUCCCGCCAGAAAAAUUAAAUAGUAGGACCUGACGGCACAGUAUUUUUUGUUGUUGUUGUUGUUUUCAUAGCCCCCAGUGACUUUAGCUCUGUCCCAGUGACUUUUUGUUUGUUUUUUUUUGGUUUUCUCAACUUUCCUCCUUCCUUUUUGCCCCUGUCACGAUGUCUUUUUCCUCCACCAUGGACAAUUUUUAUAGUCCUCAACACUCCGUCAAGGGACUGUUUAAUUUCAAUACGGGGAGGGAUGAAUUUGCCCGGCGCCUGGCCACCCACCUCCCACCCUUAGUGACAAUUCCUCAGUCAGCUGGAGGCGUUUGGCAUCCGCGUUCGGAAGGGGGGGAUAGUGCUGGUGACUGUGCUGAUGUGGUGGCGCAUCUACACCCAGCCAGGCAAACCCCUGCCAUACCUAUACCAUCUGUUUUUCAUUUUUGUACUGGUGGCUGUGCUAAUGUGGUAGCACAGCUGCAACCAGACAGACUUCCCCCUGCCCGAGAUAUCCCACCUAUCUUCCGUUUUUCCCAGCCGCAGCCACCAGUCCCCUGGCUAGCCUCCGAGCUAGUACCUGUCCCGAAGCUAGCGCCCGAGCUAGCGCCAGUCCCCGAGCUAGCCCCCGAGCUGGCGCCAGUCCCCGAGCUAGCCCCCGAGCUAGCGCCAGUCCCCGAGCUAGCCCCCGAGCUAGCGUCAGUCCCCGAGCCAGCCCCCGAGCUAGCGUCAGCCCCCGAGCUAGUGUCAGUCCCCGAGCCAGCCCCCGAGCUAGCGUCAGUCCCCGAGCCAGCCCCCGAGCUAGCGCCAGUCCCCGAGCUAGCGUCAGUCCCCGAGCCAGCCCCCGAGCUAGCGUCAGCCCCCGAGCUAGUGUCAGUCCCCGAGCCAGCCCCCGAGCUAGCGUCAGUCCCCGAGCCAGCCCCCGAGCUAGCGUCAGUUCCCGAGCUAGCCCCCGAGCUAGCCCCAGUCCCCGAGCUAGCCCCCGAGCCAGCGGCAGUCCCCGAGCUAGCCCCCGAGCUAGCACCAGCCCCUUGGCAAGCCCCUGAGCUAGCACCUGUCCCCAGGCUAGCCUGUGAGCUAGCACCCAUACCUAGGCUGGCCCUGACCCCUGCCCCUCAGCCAGUAGCACUGGCUUCAGCUCCUCAGCCAUCUCCUCGUGUCCGGCGGGCUGCAGCACGGCGCCGCCCACCUCCUUGUGUCCGGCGGUCCUCACUACAGUGCCGUCCACCUCCUCGUGUCCGGCGGCCCGCACCAGGGAACCAUUCGCGCCCACCUUACCGACGGCCAAGACGUCGACCGUUCUUUGGUCGUCCACUUCGCCGGCCGCAGCGGCGGUCCACCCGGCGCCGCCACCAGACUUGUCCCCGAUGGCUUCUGAGACACUUGGGCUGGCGACCCACCACCAGUUCACCCCUCCACCCUCCCUUGAUUUUUGUUCCUGCUUUUGGGGGUGUUCAGAUUCUAGGACAUCUGGAAUCUGUCCAUAGGGGGGGGAUACUGUUGUGGGACAUGCGCAUUCUGCGUCUCUCUCCGCUGCGAGUCCAACCAGAGGACCCGCCGACAGCGCACUCCACACACGCCCCCGCAUUCAUCAAGCGGACCGCGACCACUCUCCGCCGCAGCCGGCUGCAGGACACACCUGUGACUGACGAUGAGCAGCAUAAAAGACCAGUGGACACAGGGAUCCGUGCGGGAACUUAGUUCCAAAUGCGUACCAAUCCUCCGUCGCCCGCAAGGUGAGCUGUGCGUCUCACUCUUUUCCCUGGAUCUCCCUCUGGAUUCUGACUGCCUCCUUUGUACCUUGACUCCUCGCUCGUUUGACCUGAACCCUCUGCCUGCCCCACGGACUUCCGCGUUCUCUUUUGUCAACACUUGGGUAAAACACACUUCAGUUAAUUAACACACUUAGACUUACACCAUACACUCUAGAGUUUUUGCCACGCUCCAUUUACUUAGUAUGUUUUCUGUUGAUUGAU